UCGGCGCAGGGCGACGGGGACCGACGCCGACGGAUCGGGCCCAUGGACGAACGCGCGAGCAGGCGCGUGACGACGCUCGCCUCGCACCUCGCGGGCCACCGCGACGUGCGCCUCAAUCCGACCGCGGGAUCCGGCUCGUUCGGUCGGUCCUGGGGACGAAAGCGCGGUGCCGACGCGGUCCUCGGAUCGGUCCAGCUCGCGCCGGACGUGGCGGAGGCGGUGCGACGUCGUGGACCGGUGGUGGCGCUCGAGUCCACGAUCAUCUCGCACGGCAUGCCCUAUCCCGAUAACCUCUCCAUGGCGCGCGAGGUGGAGGCCAUCGUCCGCGCGAACGGCGCCACGCCCGCGACCAUCGCCAUCGUCGACGGCGUGCCCCGCGUCGGACUCACCGACGACCAGCUCGCGCGUCUCGCGAAGCUCGGACCGUCCGCGCUCAAGGUGUCCCGCCGCGACGUCGCGUCGUGCAUCGCGAGGGGCGCCACGGGCGCCACCACCGUCAGCGCCACCAUGCUCCUCGCGCACAGGGCGGGCGUCGAGAUCUUCGUCACCGGCGGCGUCGGCGGCGUCCAUCGCGACGGCCAAAACACCAUGGACGUCUCCGCCGACCUCACCGAACUCGGCAAAACCCCCGUCUGCGUGGUGUGCGCCGGGGCCAAGUCCGUGCUCGACAUCCCGCGGACGCUGGAGUACCUCGAGACGCAGGGCGCGUGCGUUUUGGGCUACGGCGUGGACGAGUUUCCGGCGUUUUUCACGAGAAAGUCGGGAUGCGCCGCGCCGGGUCGGGUGGACACUGCGCGCGAGGCGGCCGCGGUGGUCAAAGCCGGGCGUCGACUGGGAUUGGGCGGUACGGUGCUCGCGGUGCCCAUCCCGGCGGAGCACGAGGCGGACGGCGCAACGUCCGAGCGGGCGAUCGAGCGGGCGCUGGCGGAGGCGAAAGAGGCGGGAAUCUCGGGGAACGCGUCCACGCCGUUUUUGCUCAAGCGGAUCCGCGAGCUGACCGGAGGUAAGAGCCUGGAGAGUAACGUGGCGCUGGUCAAGAACAACGCGCGGGUGGGGGCGAGGGUGGCGGUGGAGCUGGCGGGUCUCGACGCCAGGAACGAGGACAGGUAA